AUGAGUAACCAAGGAGUUACCUAUGCAGAACUCAAUCAGAUUAAGGGCUCAAAAAGACAGCAAAUGAAAGCUAAGGGCACUAAAAGUUCCAUUUCAGUAACUGAGCAGGAAAUAACAUAUGCAGAAUUAAAUCUUCAAAAUGCUUCUCAGGAUCUUCAAAGGAAUGACAAGAAUUCCCACUGCAAAGGUAAACCUUCAUGCCCAGGAAAGCUCAUUGCUGGGAUCCUGGGAAUAAUCUGCCUUGUCUUGAUGUCCACUGUGGUCACAAUAGCUGUUAUUCCCUUUACUGAAGGACCAGAGCAGAACCAAACGUCCCUGGAAACAAGGAUCCCAAAAGCUUAUCACUGUUGUCCAAAAGAGUGGCUUACAUAUUUUAAUAAUUGCUAUUACAUUAGCACUGAAAGAAAAUCAUGGAAUGAGAGUUCAGUGUCCUGUGCUUCUAAGAACUCUAACUUGCUCUCCAUAGAUGAUAAAGAGGAAUUG